AUGAUGCCCUCUUCUACUCCAUCCAGUCAUCAGCAGUCAAGCAAUGAUGAACAUUUGCAACGGUCCGCAUCACAGCCCAAAAGCAAUUCUGCUGCCACGAUCCCCCCAUCGGAGAAGCUAGGAGAUGCUAUCACUGUGAAGGCUCCCCUUCCAAUGGCGGGGCCUGUGAACGAAAAGAAGCACCUUCCCAUCAAAAUGGUAGCGAGAAAGACCGUCGGCAGCGCGUUUUCUAACCCGAAGCAUGAACCAGUAGGCACUCGAAAGCAUGAGCCCAAGCAUCCUUUUUAUGCUAGCUCUACUGAAGAUACUGCUUCCUCGAGUCAACGGCCACCAAAACGGCCAAGAUUGUCUACUGACGUGGAUAAAGGCGAAAUAGAGGCCCGUCAUCGUGUUUCCUCAUUUUCUGAGAGCGGCUCUUAUUCAUCUCCUAUUGCGGCAUCGACGAAUAUUGGUGAACGCGAUCAUGAACCCGUGGCAGCUUCUGACUUUGCUCUUCGGCCAAAGAAAGGAGUCUCUUCUCCGUUAGAGACGUCGUCAAGGUCUAGGUCACGGGAUGAUCGUUCAGCUUCGAAGUCCUUCUACAAGGAUCGGUCACAUAAGCAACAAGGUCUAUAUGACAAUUCUAAGAGUUAUAAAGUUCCAACUCAAGGAAUCAUAGACCUCACAGAAGAUGACAACCCUCGUCCCCGACCUUCUAGUAAUGCCGUUGAAAAUCUGAAGGUCAGUACAGAGAAGCAUCAAGAAGAUCAUACUGGAGGUCCGAACCCUCGCACUCCACAUAUUGCUUCCGAGUCGAGACGCGAGGGAGAGUCAAUAAAGGUGCAAGUCUCCAAAAGUAAAGACACAAAUAAGCCUCAUCGAAAUAGUGCAACAGGUCGGAAGGAGCAGAAUGGUGUUCGCAAAGUAAGUUCCUACUCGACAAUUCGGCCCCUCCCGCGGAAGCCUCACGUUCAUAUCGCACCUCGGCCCCCGCCAACGUUGCCUUCGCCAGACUCGCAGGUCGCUUCACCCCCUACGGAACCCAAACCAGCCAACGACAAACAGGUCUCUGUCCACCGUCCUAAGUCGCCCCUUGAAAACCCCGCAGCUGAAGCCAGGCAAGAUGAUAAUCAAGGUCAACCAAAAAACGAAGUACCAAUACCGGCGGAAGAUACUGGAAGAAUUGUCAAUGGUGCUGCUGCUAAUCCCCCUCCAGUAGUGUCUACUGCUCCUACUACAGUUGCAACAUCAGACACUAUAAAGGUUAAUGGGAUUCCGACGAAGGAACAAGUAAAUGAGUAUAUACGCAAUAUACUUGAAAAUCCAACAAAGAUAAUAUUUCCACCCCCAAAACCCCCAGAAUUGAUUUAG